AUGGAGCCUCGAUUGAACACGGACUACCCCCUGCAGCUGGGCGCCUCGCUGCUGGGCAAGCGCACGGCCCAGGGGGCUGCGGUGGAGGAGUACUGCACGCUGCGCUACGACUUUAAGCCCGCCAGCGCGGGAAGGGCGUCGCAGGGGCAGAUGGAGGUGCAGGCGAGCAACCAGGUCAGCCUCCGCAUGGGCGACGCCGCCUUUGCCGGCAAGUACGAGCCCAGCAGGGACGGGCUGGACUGCGUGGCGCUCUUUGACGGCGCCUCCUUCCGCCUGGAGCUGCUGGGGGCAGCUGUGAAGAACCUGAGGCACAUCUCGGCCACGGCGCGGGCGGGCGGCGCCAGCCUGGGGGCCACCCCGCAGCCGGCGGCAGCGGCCCAGGCGCCGCCUGCAGAGGAGGCGCUCGCUGCGGGGGCGGCAUCGCUGGAGGAGGUGGCAGCCGGGCUGGGGGUGGCUGCCGCGCUGGAGGAGGCUCAGCCGCCGGCGGCGGGAGCGGGCGGCGGCGGCGGCGCAGCCGGGCCGCCCAUAGAGGGUGCCAGCUCGAUGCUGUUGGAAGAUGAGCUGCUGAGGGCCCUGGAGGAGGAGGGCUGGGAAAAGGAGGAGGAGGAGGCGGGCGAGGAGGCGGCAGCCGAACAUGGUGCAGCGGACGCGGCGGCAGCAGCAAGCAACGGCGAGGAAGAGGAGGAGGAGGAGGAGGAGGAGGCGCAGGAAGAGGAGCGGGCAGCGGCGGAGCCGACGGCGCAGCGUGGCGCGGCGGGCCAGCGGCAGGCGGCGGCGCAGCAGCCGCUGCUGGCUGCCGCGCCUGCCAUGCACCACACUGACAUGACUGAGGAUGAACGCCUGUUCUUCGGUUUUGAUGCCUCACCCGAGCCACCGCCAGACGACAGCAGCAGCGGCGACGAUGGAGGCGGCGGCAGCGACGGCGGCGGCGGCGCCGCCAGCGAGCCAGAGCAGGAGGAGAUUUGA